AAUGGCAAUUCCAUCUUUAUCAAUUUUAAUUUGUGUUUUGUUCUCUCCAACCGUGAAAUCAAAAGUUUUUGGUUUGGAAUAUUAUAACUUAUCCAAUCAUUUCAUGCCUAAUUAUCCUCUUCGAUUGAAGGAGAUUGGAAAUAAAUCCGUAUAUAUGGCAACUGUAGAUGAUUGUAAAUCUAUCUGCGACUCGCGAAUGGAUUGCUUAUCUUUCAGCUAUCAAAGAGCUGUUUCAUACUGCUACUUUAAAAAUGAAACCAAAAGUGGUAUUUUCAAAUCGCAAUUCUAUGAUCACUACUUUAAAAUUCAGUGUGGAGGACUAAUUAAUGUGGCGCAUGAAAAAUACGGUGCAUCCUGCACUGCAAACUCAGAGUUUGAUGAUUUACAUAAAUGUAACAAUACAUUGCAUCCUCAAUGGGAAAAUAAUGAUGAAUGGAUGAGCAACUGCAAUAAUGAGAAUGAUUGUCUUUUAUCAUAUAUCCAAAUAAAUUUCCCCAAACCAUAUGAUAUCACUCAAAUAUGCAUACAUCAGAGAUUCUACAGCUCUAAAUUUCAUUUGGAGAAGGCGAUUGGUAAAUUUAGUAAUGGCGCCACUGCUACUAUAUACUUUUUUUCCGGACAAAUCGAAAGUUGCAUUCUACUCGAUGAAGAUAUUGGAAAAGAUUCAAACUGGAUAAGAUUUCAAUACUUGAAAAGUUCUGAAUAUCAAAAUACAGGAUUGCGGGCCGUUUUAGCCUAUGCUUACAAGGAUUCAGUUGAUGUUAUUGAUGAUAAUGAAGAUGAUUUACAUUAUACAAAUGUUGCUGAUAAAACAAUUGGUGCAACUUGCGAACAGAGCAGCCAGAAAGGCAUUUCCUGGAAGUGUCAGAAUGCCAUAGAUAAUUUUAGUAGAGUGUAUAAUGGCCGACCAGGAUGGGCUGGCAAUUGUAAUGCUGACACCUGCAUAGGCGAAUAUAUAAUUAUUCAUUUUCCCUUUAAAGUAAAACCAACAAAGCUUUGUUGCGCCGUAAACAGCCAAAGUUCUACGACAUGGACAGAGACUUUUAAUAUUACUUGGAGUUCGGGAAGUAUUUCUAGUAUGAGUUUGAAUGAUCCUGACAUAAAUUGUCAGGAUUAUGAAGGAAAACAUAUUGAAAAAUCUGUCAAGCUCACAAUAAGUGAAACUAUCACGAUUCCAAUAAAUGGUUUUUCGAUUAUUCAAGUUUUUGCCAGAGUGAUACCAGAAAGAAUUUUUAAAAUACAACCUCGCGAUAAAGUCACCUAUUAUCUACCACUGCAAUCCAGAUCUAUAGUAUUUGGUUAUCAUAGUGACAAAUGUAGAGAAACUAUCUUCUACUUUAAAACUGAUGGUGGCGAAAGUGUUUUUACUUUAGACAUUACUUUGUUGGGAGAUAAUAAAGGAUUAACACUUUUUCAAUUCAGCCAUCUAGAAGGUAUUUUAGAAAAACAAGCGAAGGUGAAUUGUAACAUUUGGAAUGAAUUUUGGCUUGAUUUUUCAAACAAGAAAUUUUCAUUCGGAACUGGAAUUCAGUAUGGCUUAAAUGAAGUAUUUAAUGUUCUUUUAAUUUAUGAUACAGGUUUGCAUUGGUUGAUUUUCCUAUUAAAACCUUUAAUUUGCUGCCAAUUUAAGAUGGAAGAAAGGUCAGUUUUGAAAAUCCUUCACAAUGCGCGAAAAACCUACCGCGAAACGCUAUUGCUCUCAUGGAUAGUUUAUAUGAGAGUUGUUCAACCAUUGAAACAUUAG